AUGGGUGGGAUGUGCAGGAGUUGGGUUGUAUUUGCCUUUUGUCGUUUGUUGGGAGUCCAGUUACAUCUGCACCAGCCUCAGCGGUUCCUGUUUGUGGAAGUCGGUGGGACAGCAGAGAUCCACUGCUACUCCAGCAUAGAUGUGGAUGGGGCAGCAAAAUUGCACUGGUAUCUGAGAAGGGUGGGUGAGGCUCCCAUAUUAAUUAAAAAGUGUAAGGAACAAAAUGAGAGCAGAUUUGCUUGCAAGUAUCAGAAAUCCAACACAGCACUCGAAAUCAAGAGUAUCCGAAGGAAGGAUUCUGGCAUUUAUUACUGUGCACAUGCAGCCACCGGCUCCUUGAUUUUUGGGAGUGGAACCACGGUGAUCGUUGGAGACAGCUUCACAGGUAGCAGCUCCGUGCUGCUCCUGGGCCCUGGUGCAGGGGAGAACGGAGCCAUGGACCCUGCACAUCUGGCCUGUGUGAUCCGGGGCGUCUCCAACCUCGUCCAGGUGUCCUGGCACAUUCCUGGAGAGCAGCCAGCCCAGGGACUGCCGCGCUUGCUGGAAGCCAGUGAUGGGUCCUUAACACUCAUCCAUGGCAUCAGCAUCCCCUGGGCCAGCGGGGCAGCCGUCACCUGUGAGGUCACAUUCAACUCAUCUGGCAGCAGCGUUACCAGACAUGCUGUGUAUUCUGCAUCCCCUCGCAGCUGGCACCAGCAGGAGGCCGUGCGCUACAUGGUGGUGGGUCUCCUGGUGCUGCUGAUGGUAUCUCUGACCUCCCUCUGGAUGUGUAGCUGCUCCAGUCCGGCGUUCGCUGCUUCUUGCUGCCCGGAGAUGUUCUGCGCCAGACCAGCUCCACAGUGCGACUGCAAGGAUGAACUCUGCCCCUGCUCUAGGGAUCCAGAGCAGGAGAUCCUGACCUCAGGCACCAGGAGGUGGGAGGUUUCCUGCCACGAGAGACAGGCAGUGCGGCCGGAGUGACUGCAGUUUGUGGGGAGACGUUGCAGCCCCUGGUGUGUGCAGGGCCCAGACCCGGGGGACCCAGGCCUCCCAGGGAUGGCAAGAGCCUGCAUGGGGCACGCACACUCCCUGCUCUGCCUCACCUGCAGACAGUGUGAGGCUGACUUCCUGGCCCAAAGCUGCCUGUUUCUGUUAUCUAAUAAAAAAACAUGUCC